UGGGUUCUAAGCUUUGGCUGAGCCCCGGGGACGCUGGGAAGAGGCUGGGGACAGAGCAGACACAGGGCUCUGGUCUCUGUACUCUGAGAUGCCUUCAGCUGUACCACUCCCAGCACCAGGCAUGGAGCCGUGGAGUCCUGGCUCCCAGUCCCCCCUCCCAAUUCUCUAGACCCCACUGCCCUCCUGGCACCAGACAUGGAGCCCCAGAGUCCUGGCUCCCAGUCCCCCCUCCCAAUACUCUAGACCCCCAGAGCCCGGGGUAGAACCCCUGAGUCUUGGCUGCCUCGCCCCGCUCUCCGGGAAGCAACGUGGAGCCUCCUUUUCCUUCUCCUCCCGCGACAGGCCGAGCAGCUGUUCUGUCGCAGCUGCAGGUCGCUCACAUUGCUGACGGGGGGCUGACCCUGGAGGAGCCGGCCCAGGUGAGGCCGUUCCACGCCGUGCUGGAGAACCCCAGCUUCUCCUUCGUGGGGGUGCUCUGGAGACCCCUCUGCGCCAUCUUCCCCUUCAUACCCAUCCACUCCGUGGGGCUCAUCUACCGGGUGCUCCAGGCUGCUGACAUCACCCUCCACCUCUACCUGAUCCCCAACGACCGCUCGCUCAUACAGGCCGUGGAUGACGAGGAGAGAAAGCACCGGUCCAUACAGGUGCUGAAGCCCCCUCAGACAAAGCCCCUCUACUUCGGCUCCCAUUACACCGUGUCCAGUUCCUUGGACUUAGAGGUGACCCCUGAGGGCCAGGGAGGGUCUCCUGAGAAUCCCGUCUCUCCACUAGGAAGUGGAAUUUCGCUACAUGAGUCCAGAGGACCAGCAGCCGUUCAUGGAAAUCUACACCAGGGGCAUGACGGAAGGACUGAAACUCGUCUUAGUGAUGAAGGGCUACGGGGAAGUUCUCUGGAAGGUCUGGGUGAGACCAGAGGACGUGAUGCUUUUGGGUUCCUCCUCUGAAAAGUUUAAAGGGCUUCAGAAACUGCUCCCUGAACUGCAACAAGGGUUUGGCAGGCCAUGCAGCCGGAGAGAGCUUGGAAUGUCACCCCCAGCUGCUUGGAGCUCGCCAGCACAGCCAGUGGAUGAGGAAGCCGAGAGAGAUCCCCACAGCAGUGCUACAUGCAGGGCAGUGGCUAAUGAGCCCUGUGACUGGCCAGCAAUGGUGUCGAGUGGGGACUCCUGGGAAGUGAUUCAGCGGCUGAGAAGCAAGUUAACAAGAAUCCUCCAGAGAGACGUGGAGGCCGUGAUCAGCGCUGCCGACGCCCACCUCCUCCUCACGCCGGCAGAGUAUCGUACCCUGAACCGGCUGGAGGAUCCAGGCAGCAGGGUGGCCACGCUGAUUGAUAUGGUGCUGGCCAAGGGGGAACAGGCCCAUCAGCUAUUCUUGAACUGCAUGAGACACCUGUGUUUCACCUUCCCUGGCCUGGAGCCCAUCGUCGCGGAGUUACAAACGGGCUUCCAAGCCGACGUGGCUAUCCCCAGGGCACAGACAGAAGGCCCAGACAGUGCAGCAGGGGAACAUUUUGUGGAUCGGCACCGAGCAGCGCUGAUUCAACGGGUCUCCAUGGUGGAUGGGGUCUUGGACAUGCUGUGUGGCACCGUGCUGGACAGCGAGCAGUACCAGAACAUCCGAGCUGAGAGAAGCAACCCAGAUAAGAUGCGCAAGCUGUACGAGCUCAUGCCGAGCUGGAAUCAGGUCUGCAAGGACCGGCUCUACCAGGCACUGAAGGCCAAGCAAAAGUUCCUCAUUGAAGACCUUGAGGGGAAGUGAAUGCAAUGAAUUAUCCCUCCUCCUGGAAUGGCUUUGCCUAGAGUUUAGGCCUACGGUGCUAGAGUUGUGUGCAGUCGGCAUGUACCUCACUCCAUGUGCAUGUCACGUUAGUAACAUGGGUAGGAGCAAAACCUACGCGAACAGAAACCAGUGGAACCUGGCAACCCUGAAUAUGGGCAACAGUAACAAAAUGUCUCAUGGGCCAUGCACAGAAUGCCAAUAGGCCACAUGCGGCCUGAGGGAUGCCCACUGCUGUUCCAGUGCCAUGUGCAUUCACUGUCUGACCUCAGGCUCUCUAGAGAGGAAUCGUAACAAUUCACUGUGAAAGCAAAGCACAAUCCAUCACUUUCAUUACCCAAAAGGAGGCCCUUUCUUUUUAGGCUUGGAAGGAUUCGAUUUUUAUCCGUCUGUCAGAAAAUGUCAAUUUCAUCUCACACAGAUUGAUGUAAAAAUAUUUCCAUUUAUAAUCACCAAAAUGGACAGAGAGGCAAAAGAAGACAAAAGCUGAUUACAUUGACUUUAAGGAUAUUUCUUUGUCUAGUUUGAAGUUUGAUUUUUAUAUGAAUGGUUAUAAACGUUAACUUUCUGAA